UUGACGAGAGAGACAAUUCCCGGGCUUGCUCAGGUCAUUGAGGCGAUAGCGAUAGCAGCAGCGGCUGCGGCAGCGGCUAGCCUUGUCUUCGUGUUCUCCAAUUGUUGGGUUAUCACUUGAAGAGCAAUGGAGAUGGACGAGAUGGGUCUUGUGGAAUUGUUUGGUUACGACAAGCUGGAAAGAGAAUUACUCCUCAGCCAAAAUAAUUUGUCUUCAACUUCGCCGGAAUAUUGCGCGCUAUAUGAUUUCCGUGAUGAGAUGACACCAGAGGAAGAGUACUCCUACAGCGAACAAGUUUUGAAGAGUGACGGCUUUGAUGUUUCUGACAUCCCUGGCGUCAAUUGUCUCAACCAAAUUCUACCAUGCAACAUAGAAUACAACUAUGAUAAGUAUAAACGGUAUUCGCAGGUCGCAAUAGACGAAUACAAUCGUCGGUUCAAGGAUGCCAAUGGAGAGUUGGAGUUUGUUAAGGUCUUGAAGGCAAUGGGUCAGGCUUCCAGGGGAAUCAGGUAUUAUAUAACUUUCAUGGCCAAGGAUCUUGGCGAUGGAGGCGAGAUUAAGACGUAUCAAGCUGUGGUAUUAGAUGGUAUAGACUCUGAGACAGCGAAAUCCUUUAGGCUAAAGCCCCCCGAGGAUGAGCGAGAAUCUGGCAGUCAUGGGAGACAGUGGUUUUGGCAAAAUCACCUUUUCAGUGAAGAUUACUCGGAGUCCUGCGUUGGGGGAAAUUCUUGCUUACGAUAAUUUUAGGAGGUGAUUGACGAAGGUGAUAAAUUAGUGCUUUAUGCGUGGGAGGAAUGGGGAAACAAUGACUCAUUUGAUACCACUUGUCGAGAGGUUGUGCAGCCCCAGAAUUACUCCGGACUUUGUUUCUGGAUACUCAGUGCCAAUAAAAUAAACAUAAAUAUUAUUUUAUCAAAAACAAAUUAUUAGAAUAGUUGUACGAUGUUAGUCUCAAAACUCGUGACUUAGCGACUUCAAUAGAUUUUUUUUUUGGCAAU